AUGAAAAGUAUUCAUGGACUUGGGAAUAAUCAAAGUGUCAAAUAUGAAGAGUUGUGUGCAUUUCUCGAGAUCGAGUUGCCUCCUGAUUAUAAGAUCCCAAAGUUUGAAAAGUUUGAUGGGUCUGGAAAUCCUUUGUUUUACUUGAAAACUUAUUGUGAAAAUUUGAUUGGUGUGGGUAGGAAUGAAGGAAUACGGGUCAAUCCAUUUAGUAAAAGUUUGAGUGGAAAGGCUCUAGAAUGGUAUGCCAAGCAAGAUGUGACUAAGUGGCACACUUGGGAUGACCUGGCAAAUGCUUUUGUGGAUCACUACAAGUUUCAAGUAGAUAUCAAACCUGUCAGGAUCUCUAUCACAAAGCUAAGAUGGAGAUCCAGUGAGAUUUUUUGUGAAUAUGCCAUAUGCUUGAGAGAAGAAGUAACCAAGUUUUUUAAAAGGUUGAAAGACGUAAAACUACUUCAUCCAAACAAGCAAUGUGCUUACCACACUGGAGCUGUGGGAUAUGAUACAGAGAAAUAUAUCACUCUCAAGCAUAAACUUCAGGAUUCGAUUGAUAACAAGGUGAUAACGCUUGAAGAAUCUCCAGCUAAUGUUAACAACAAUCCUUUGCCCAAUCAUAAUAAGUAG